CGGAUAUAGUGGCGUGUGAACCUUUUGAAAAUGAAUUUCUCUAAAUUAUAUUAUUUCGAAUAAUAAUGACUCAUAAUAUUUUAAUGGAUAAAUGAAAUGAUUGAUGGACGUCAUAAAAUAAUACCGGAAGAAGAUGAUGGUAAAGAUAAGAAUACGAUAGCAGAGGCAGCAGAGGAAUGGGCGCCUUGGAGUUUGGUGCUACCGAGUAAGAAUCCAAAUGCACCACCCCCUGUAUCUGUGAAAACUGCCCCUGGGCCAACUUGGGACAUUGGACAGGUUUUGAAAGCUGCCCGUCUUCUCUGCAAGCCCCCGUUGGAAGUAGACUUCGUUGAUGAACAAGAAAUGCGAUGUGUCUAUUCCCUUAUCUACGAUGUUUUCCGAUACAAAACUAUUCUGGAUCAAGCGAUAGAAGACAUAGACUUUUUUGGUGAUUUCCCGCAGUUUUCCGUACACCGCCACACAACAUGGCUGUUUCUCAUGGAGUUAGCAAGACGCCGCUGGAUGGCAAGAGCACGUGGUGAGGCAGAAAGAGCUACAAGAUUGCUUAGAGCGGCAGGCUUUCCUUUCCAAGAUGUUGAAAAUGCAGUUUGGGAACAGAGGAUUCACUUUGCCGCAGCCAUCGCCAGGAUCCGAAUUAAAAAUAAGGCUUUCACGUUAUCUGAUCUUUUGCCGCCUCAUUUACGGGAAGAAAGAAUAUCGGCAUGUGUUAACAAGGACACUGUUACUGGUUGGGUUAACACUUUUAAAGCUAAAAAAGUUGCGUUGCUUGUAAAAAGACUUAAUGAUAUGGGCUAUUCCUAUAGUAAUUCUCGUCAACUUUGCGCUGGAGAAUACAGAUUUGAUCGUGUCUGUCCCAGAUUUAUAACACUGCGUCCACCAGAUAACGUCAGUUUUGGACAAUUGGAUCUCGUUAAGGAAGGAGUUAUCGUUCUUCAGGAGCGCGAGUUUUGCGCAGGCGCAUCGACGCUGUGCCGCGCAUUGCGUGCGAACGCGUUGCGCGGCGUCGUUGCACAAUCGCACGCUUCCUCUCCGCGCUGCUCAGCUUACCUCGCCGCGCAGCUGCGCGAGCUGGCAGCGGUGCUGAAAUCUGAGACUCCAGCUUUACCAGUUACACCCGAGCUCGGAAAACUGGUCGUGUUCGGAGCUGGUGACAAGGCCGAAAGCUACGUGUGUGCUCUACGUGAACUGGGCAUAGAGGCGUCGGAGCUGCCUCAAUCGAGUGCACCGGUUUGUGUUCUGAGUGAUCCAGUGCACGGUGACACACCUUUAGUAGCCAGCGCGCUGGACGGAGUCGUGGCAGUGCUGGCUACACCACCGAAUUCCUUUUCAGCUGUAACAGAUCCAAUCGACUUAGUAUGUGGACGAGGGGGAGAUUUAGCCAUGCUUGAGGUUCUGACAGAAUCAGAAAUUGAUUCCAAUGGAAAGGCUCGCGUUCAGUCUAUUUUGGAAGAGCAAAAGAAAACAUUGAAAGUUUUAUUGUCUAAGCCUCAAAUUCAAUUAAUACUGUAUGAGACUCAUUCGGCCCUGGAGGCGGAGAAUCAAGCGCAAGUGACGCGUGCCGUGGCGGAGGCCAACCGUCUCGCACGCGAGAGACAUGCUUUACUCAAGAAGAAGACGAAAGAUCACACACCGAAGCAUAAGGAAGUCGCUGAAACAGGAAUAACCGAUUCUUGCACAUCGCUAGAUCAGACAUGUUCACGAUCUGAUUUAGACAAAGAUGAGGUGGACGAAAUGCGCCUGUCGCAUAAGAGGCCGAUGUCGUCACCACCCACCACAGCGAGAACGAAGUCAGAUAUUGAGGAAACAGUGCUAAAGAAACGAGCGGAAAGCGCCAAUAUGGCUUGGCGGCCAGGAUAUAAAUCUAGACCCAUUCCUGAAAUGCAGGUCGCUGAAAACGACCCCUUUCCGCGGGACCCGGAUAAAGAUAGUCCUGACGUAUUUGUACCUGAAUGUGAUUUAUUUGAAAUUCAUAAAUUGCCAAACCUUGGCAAUGGUUUAGACAUCAAUUACAUUCUGGAUCGAGACGGGUGCUACUUGGGCCUUAUUCAAAGAAAGGAGAUCACCCGGCUGGACGCCAAGUACAUGAUCCUGGUGGCGGAGGAGCGCGGGCUGUUCGGCGGCGCGCCCGCGCAGCGCCGCAAGCGCGCCGAGCCGCCGCCCGCCGCGCCGCGCGCGCGCCGCCGCCGGAACAACGUCUUCGAGGUAGAGCGCGUCGCCGCUCCGACGUACGCUUCGAUGUCGCGCUCGUUGCGGCGCAGUUCCGCGCCCGCCUGCCUGCCCGAAGCGGGCGAGACGGGAGCGGAGCCGAUCCGCGUGUGUUCGCGACACGCGCGACGCCACGCUGCGGCGGCCGCCUUCACGGCCGCUGCGUGCACUUGCGACGCCAAGCAUCGAAACAUAGUCAAAAGUCGUCGGCUGUCAGUGGCGGUGACGUCACCACGAACAGCCAUUGCGUCUCCCGUGAACUGUCGCCAACCCUUCCCGCUUACGGUGCACGACCUGCGUCUGCGCCGCAACUACAGCGUACUCCAUCGAUUGAAAUUUGAAUAAAUAUGUGACGUUAUAACCAUUAUUGUUUAUAAAAAUAAGCCAUGGCUUAUUAAAUAUUUACUCGUAUAAGUCAGGCGAUAAUAAAAUAUAAAGAAAUUGUAGCUCAUUAUGUGCUGUUCAAAUAGAGGACGGAUUCUUCGAUGAAAUUUAAUUUAUUACAAAAUAAGCGCACAAGAGGCAUUGUUUUGUUAAUAUUAUAUACCUGCUAUUUAAAAAUAGGAGUAUGAUAUCGGUUACAAUAAAAAAAUA